GGGGGCGGGCGGCAGCCCGAUCCCCAGCCCGAGCGCGGCGCCAUGUCGGAGGUGCUGCCCUACGGCGAGGACAAGCUGGGGCACUACGCGGACGGCGCGGACGUGGGGCAGAUCUCCUUCACCUGCCGCCUGCAGGACGCUGGCCCCUUCUUCGCCGCCGCCCCGGGCAAGCGCCCGCCCAAGCUGGGCCAGAUCGGCCGCAGCAAGCGAGUUGUCAUUGAAGAUGAUAGAAUUGAUGAUGUGCUGAAAAAUCUUUCAGAAAAGGCACCUCCGGGGGUUUAAUUCCCCGCCAGAGACACUGAGCAAAGGCGGGGGUGGAAAAUAAUUCACCAUGUAACCCAUUAUUGGCAACAACCCCCCCGCCCCCUCCCCCCAACAGAGCACUUUGAAAUCCUUCAUUAAUACCCUGCAAUCCACAAUGCAAAUCAGUAAAUUGUAUCUUAACGGCAGGCUCGGAGACGGAAGAAGCGUGGAAAAGGAAGACGGUUUUUAAAAGCAGAUUUGUAAAACAGCUAAAGCAAACCCACAAAAUAAUGAUCGAUCACAGCGCAUCAGUCGCGGCUCUGUGGUCGAAAUUACUUGUCACUUUUUCUCCCCCCUACCCCGUAUCUGAUGAAUAUGGCGCAAUUCGAAAUCCGAGGUGAAAAGUCCUUUAAAUAAUGCAACAAACGCAGUGUUUUUAAACCCCGAUUACCUUUUUUGCUGGUCUUGAUUGUUCCCAAAUGAGACCUUGUUUACAUUAUUUAAUCUUGCAAAAAUGAUUCCGUGCACUUGGAUGUAACAUGCUAUCAGUUUCAUUGUUAUUUUUUUAUUUGAUGUCUUUGGAUGUUUAAAAAAGAAAAACGAUAUAUAAAUAUAUAUAUAUAUAUUUCAUUUUAGUCACAUUUUAAAGGUAUCGAUGGAAUGUGUGAAAAACAAACUUUUAUAAGGAAUGAACCUAUCGGAAGAAUUCUUGGUUUAUUUUUUAAAGCUUGUAUUUCUUUGUUGCUCUGAGCAAGCUGCUCAAGUUAGUGCAGAUGGACAAAUUUUAUAUGUAAAAUGGGGGGGAGGGGGGGAAAUGCUCCGCUUUUUCUAACUACCUGCAGUCUGUAGUGUGGGCAGUCUGUUUUUUCUUAUAUCGUGGCAGUUUAUUCUCUUUAAUAGACUGUAUAAAAAUAACAAAAUGGAACAAAAAAAAAAAUCCAGUGUAAUCACAAGAGUGCCAAAUAUUUUGAAAUGCCGAAUGGCAGUCUGUUUUCCUUUCUUAUUAGUGCUCUUUGAGUUCAUGUAAAGUAGCACUUUUGGUCUCCUUUCUGUUCUUUAUAGGGCUCUCUAUUGGGUUAUAUUGAUAUCUAGACAUAUAUCUAUCUAUCGAUCCAUCUAUUUAUCUAUCUUUUGGAUUUCCUCUUCCUUCUCUUUUCUAUUUUUUUUAUUUUAUUUUUUUGCAUGACGUGCAAAAAAAAUAUGCCUCUUGCGUGAGGGAAUAUUAUACUGUUUUUUGUUUGCAACUUUGAAUGACAGACCUCAAGAAGGGUUGUUGUUUUGGUUUUUUGGGGGGGUUUUUUCCUUUUCUUAAAUAUUGUGUAUGUUGCACUUUUAUCCACUACACAGGGCUAUUUCUGCAAUGUACAAUAAAAACAAAACAGAACGUGCUGGUGUCCGAU